AUGGCCGGUCCUGACCCUUCAACGGGAAAACCCCCCACUCCAAAAGAACUACAUAUAUCUGCUCAACCAGUCACUUUCGCAAAUUGGUACAAGAAGAUUAACUGGCUCAACACAACUCUCGUCGUUCUAGUCCCGACAUAUGGCCUCUACUUGGCACGCUCGACACCUCUCACUCGACCAACUUUGCUAUGGAGCAUCCUGUACUACUUCAUGACCGCUUUCGGUAUCACAGGUGGAUAUCAUCGAUUAUGGAGCCAUCGCUGCUACUCUGCGCGCCUUCCGGUACGUUUGUUCUUAGCCUUUACAGGAGCAGGAGCAAUCCAAGGUAGCAUAAGAUGGUGGAGCGCCAACCAUCGCGCGCAUCACCGGUGGACAGAUACGAUGAAAGAUCCAUACUCGGUUAUGCGAGGCCUGUUGUUUUCUCACAUCGGUUGGAUGGUUCUUAACAACGACCCGAAAGUCAAAGGUCGUACGGACAUCUCCGAUUUGGACAACGACCCGAUCGUUGUGUUUCAGCACCGGCACUAUGGAAAAAUGCUUCUCUUUGCUGCCUGGAUCUUCCCUGCGAUGGUAGCAGGUUUGGGCUGGGGAGACUGGUGGGGUGGCUUUGUGUAUGCGGGCAUCAUCAGGGCGUGCUUCGUACAGCAAGCUACGUUUUGUGUGAACAGUCUCGCGCACUGGAUCGGCGAGCAGCCAUUCGACGACCGGAGAUCUCCAAGGGAUCACGUGUUGACCGCUUUGGUGACUAUGGGCGAAGGAUACCACAACUUCCACCAUGAGUUUCCGUCUGACUACCGCAACGCAAUAACCUGGUAUCAAUACGAUCCGACAAAAUGGCUCAUCUGGAUCAUGUCCAUAAUUCCUCUCUUUCCACUGACAUACGACCUGAAGACCUUUCGCUCUAAUGAGAUUGAGAAAGGCAGACUUCAACAGCAACAGAAAGCACUCGACCAAAAGCGAUCGAAGCUUGAUUGGGGUCUCCCAUUAGCUCAAUUGCCAGUCAUCAGUUGGGACGAUUUUCAAGCCCAGGCUUCCGCCAACGGCGCCGCUUUGGUGGCUAUCGCUGGAGUCAUCCACGAUGUUUCACCGUUCAUUGCUGAUCAUCCUGGUGGCAAGACACUGAUCAAGAGUGUGAUUGGCAAGGAUGGUACCGCGGUAUUCAAUGGCGGUGUGUAUGAACAUUCGAACGCAGCACAUAAUUUGUUGUCGACUAUGCGUGUUGGUAUCUUGCGGGGCGGUCAGGAAGUCGAAGUCUGGAAGACAGGUGCUGAGAGAGCUGGUAAAGACACCAAAGGCAAUGGUGUCGUCAGGGCAGGCGAUCAAAUCACGAGGGUGGCUGCACCUGUAGCAGCGGCUGUAGCAGCUUGA